CAAUGUACACAUUAUACACACGUUUGGGUACUUUGCACGUUGUUCAUUAUACCUAUAUUAUAAUGUAUUGUUCAUAAGUUAUAUCUGUAACGAAUAUAAUUUUAUCUUCAACUUUUAACACUUUAUUGUUUUCGCAACAACGUGGCCAUCAAGAUACAAAAGUGCAUCGUUUAAGUUUUUGAUCUGAUACAUUGCCGUCAGCCGGUAAAACACAUUGCUUUUGUUCACUGGCCAUAACGAUAUCAGCACCACGCGACCUCUGAAAAAACGCGCGGAAAUCAUCGGAUUGAAGUUCUAAAGAUUGUCAGUACACACCUUACUAAAUUCGCUGACAACUUGAAAGCAAUGGCCGGAGGCGAAGUAAACGAUUUCCAUCAAAUCCUGACAAGCUUAUUGAGUACAGAUAAUGCUGUUCGAACUAGAGCUGAGGAAACCUACCAAACUUUACCUUUAGAAUCAAAAGUUUUGUAUUUAUUUAAUGCUGUUCAAAAUCAAGCUGGCGAUGUUGAUGAAAAACAAGUUGCUGCUGUUAUGUUACGUCGUAUCAUGGCUAAUGAAUUUAUUGAAUUUUUUUCAAAUCUUACGCCAGAAAAUCAAAAACAGUUUAAAGAUAAUUUAUUAGUAUGUGUUAGUAAUGAAAAGAAUGAUAUAUUACGCCGUCGUAUGUGUGAUGUUGCAUCUGAGGUAGCUAGAAAUCAACUAGAUGAUGAUGGAAAUAAUAGCUGGCCUGAGUUUUUAAAUUUUUUAUUCCAAUGUGCGAACUCUCCUUUGCCAGAUAUGAAAGAUUCUGCACUUAGAAUGUUUACGAGUGUUCCUGGUGUUUUUGGAAAUCAACAAUCAAACUAUUUAGUAGUUAUCAAACAAAUGCUUCAUCAGUCAUUAGGCGUUCUAGAUUCUAAUGUUCAGGUGCAAGCAGUCAAAGCAGUUUGUGCUUUCAUUUUACACCACGAAAAAGUUAUUGAAAUUCAAAAACAUUUUACUGAAUUGCUGCCUAAUGUUUUGAGGAUAAUAAGUGAAAGUUUAAUAGCAGAAGAAGAUGAUUCAUUAAUUAAAUUGUUAAUUGAUUUAGCAGAAAAUACGCCAAAGUUUUUACGUUCUCAACUAGCUAAUAUUAUAGAUAUGUGUUUAAAGUAUCUUAAAAAUGAAGAGGCAAAUGAAUCUUAUAGACAAAUGUGUCUUGAAGUUGUUGUAACAUUAGCUGAAACGGCACCAGCAAUGAUGCGCAAAGAAUCUUCUAAAUACAUAAGUCAGUUAGUAGUACAAGUAUUGGAACUAAUGGCAACUGUUGAAGAUGAAGAUGAUUGGGGUACACAAGAUGAUCCUGAUGAAAGUGAUCAAGAAUGUAUGAGCGUGAUGGCUGAAUCCGCUUUGGAUAGAUUAGCAUGUGGCCUUGGUGGUAAAACGAUGUUACCUCAUAUAUUAACUAAUGUUUCUUCUAUGUUGACUAAUCCUAACUGGAAAUAUAGACACGCUGCUUUAAUGGCAAUAUCAGCUGCAGGUGAAGGUUGUCAUAAACAAAUGCAGCCAAUGUUACAAGAUAUUUUAGUUGGUAUUUUAAACUUCCUUCAAGACCCUCAUCCUAGAGUUAGAUAUGCAAUGUGUAAUGCAAUUGGUCAAAUGGCUGCAGACUUUGCUCCAAUGUUCCAAAAAAAAUUCCAUGAUAAAAUAGUACCUGCUAUUUUACUGUUACUUGAUGAUAAUUUGAACCCUAGAGUUCAGGCACACGCUGGCGCUGCAUUAGUAAACUUUUGUGAAGAUUGUCCUAAGCGAAUACUUCUUUCAUACAUGGAUCAGAUGAUGAUAAAACUUGAGAGUAUAUUGCAAGCUCGUAUUGCAGAUCUUAUGGAAGGUGGUGGUCGAAGAUUAGUGUUAGAACAGAUGGUGACUACCAUUGCUUCUGUUGCUGAUACUUGUGAAGGAAAUUUUGUUAAAUUCUAUGAUCAUUUAAUGCCUUGUUUAAAACAAAUAAUUAAAAAUGCAUUGGCACCAGAAUUAAAAUUAUUGAGGGGUAAAACUAUUGAGUGUGUUAGCUUAAUUGGUUUAGCUGUUGGUCCUGAAAAGUUCUUGGUAGAUGCUGGUGAAGUUAUGGAUUUAAUGUUGGCAUCACAUAAUAAAGAAGAAAAAUUAGCUGAAGAUGAUCCACAAACUUCUUAUUUAAUAUCAUCUUGGGCUCGAAUGUGUAAAGUAAUGGGUCCAAAAUUUGAACAGUACUUACCUUUAGUCAUUGGACCAGUUAUGGCAGCUGCCUCUUUAAAGCCAGAAGUUGCUUUGCUAGACAAUGAAGACAUGGGUAGUAUUACUGAUAACAGUGAUUGGCAAUUUGUUCCAUUGGGAGAACAACAAAACUUUGGAAUAAGAACAUCAGGCUUAGAAGAUAAAGCAUCUGCUUGUGAAAUGCUUGUUUGUUAUGCACGCGAAUUAAAAACAGGCUUUGCUCCUUAUGCUGAAGAUGUUGUCAAACUAAUGGUUCCUCUUCUGAAAUUCUAUUUUCAUGAUAAUGUUAGAAUAGCUGCAGCACAAAGUAUGCCAUGUCUAUUGGAAUGUGCAGAAACAAGAGGAUCAGAAUAUUUACAGCAAAUGUGGACUUUUAUAUGUCCAGAAUUGUUAGUAGCUAUUGAAUCUGAACCAGAAUCUGAUGUUGCAGCUGAAAUGUAUGAAGCAUUAGGAAAAUGUAUAGAAUUGUUAGGUGCUGGUUGUUUAUCAGACAAAUGGAUGAAAGACUUAUUAGUAAUACUGGAAAAAAAUUUAAAUUCUCAUUUUGAAAAUGAAAUUCAGCGUUUUGAAAGACGUAAAGAUGAAGAUUAUGAUGAGGUUGUAGAAGAAAAAUUAGCGAUGGAAGAUACUGAUGAUGUUUACAAAUUAAGUAAAAUGACUGAUAUUCUACAUGCUCUUUUUGUUACAUAUAAAACUGAUUUCUUCCAAUACUUUGAUUUAAUAGUCAAUCAGUUUGCCAAAUUACUAGAAUCCGACAAAAGUUCAUCUGACCACCAGUGGGGUCUUUGUGUAUUUGAUGAUCUUAUUGAGUUUUGUGGCCCUGGUUGUGCUAAAUAUCAAGAAUAUUUCCUUCGGCCAAUGGUUGGUUAUGUUACUGACUAUAACAGUGAAGUCCGCCAAGCUGCUAUAUAUGGUUGUGGUGUAUUAGGAAUGUAUGGCGGACCCAGUUUUGCUGGUGUAUGUGCAGAAAUCAUGCCAUUCUUACUGCAAGUAAUAAAUAAUGCUGAUGCACGGUCAAGUGAAAAUAUUAGUGCUACAGAAAAUGCGGUUUCUGCUAUUGCCAAAAUAUUAGAAUACAAUAGUUCAUCAGUAAAUGUUGAUGAAAUAUUACCUCAUUGGCUCUGCAAUCUCCCUGUUUUUGAAGAUACAGAUGAAGCACCAUUUGUUUAUGGUUAUUUAUGCAAACUUAUUGAAAACCAUCACCCCAUGGUAUUAGGAGCAAAUAAUUCAAAUAUUCCAAGUUUAAUAGGUAUAAUUGCUGAGGCAUUUUUAAGAGAUGCAAUUGAUAGAUCACACGCUGUAGCUCAGAGGAUGAUUAUGAUUGUUAGACAAAUACAAACUAAUGAAGAAGUUUUUAAUGCUUGUUUGGCCAUAUUAAAUCCAGACCAAAUAAAAACAUUACAAAACCUACUAAUGUCGACUAAUUAAAUAUUAUAUUAAUAACUUGUUUCAUUAUGACAAUUGUAUUUAAAAAUCUUAACACUGUGCUUCUAUUAUUAUUGAUUUUUUUUUAACUUUGUUAUACUAUAACAAAUUAAUUAGGAUAAGGUUAUUUCAAAAUGGACAAACAAAUUUGACCAAUAUUUUUUUAAAGAGUAAGUUAAUCUUUAAAUACUGCAUCAAUUUAAAUAUCUAAAAAAAAAUUCCUUUACUAUUGUAUAUUGCUUUUUUUUAUUUUAUCAUUAAUUUUAUAUCCUAUUGGACUUAACUAAUUUAUACUAUCAAUUUAUUUGAUUAUCUUAUUGUUAAAUGUUUUAACUGUUAAUUCAAGACUUAUUUUUAAUUAAAAAAAAAAAAUGUUAAGAAGAAAAAAUAGCUGUGUUAUAUUUAGUUAGUAAUCAUAUAUUUCAAAUGUAAAAUUUUAUGAUAAUAAUUGUUUAUGUUCCCAAGACUAAUGUAGUACUAUGUUGUUAACUAGAUGUUAACUUAAUUUCUGUAAAGAUGUAAAAAAUUGUGAUGAUACUAACUUUUAAGAGUACAACAUCUGGUUAAUUUUUAUAUAGAUUGUUCAUAAUAAUUUGUAAUAUUUUAAUAAGACGUUAACCAAGUGAUCAUUUAGUUGUGCUUAGACUGGAUUGAUAUAAAAGUUAACAAUUGUUUAUUGUUACAUUAUUGAGUCUGUUAAAGUAAUUGUUAUUUGGUUGUAGUAUUUGGUAUAUUCUACAAAACCCUUGUAAGUGUAAUAAAUGCAACGCUGUUUAUUUUUUAA